UCAUAAGUGCCUGUUAUUAAAACUUCACAACAGAAAAAACAUAUGUACAGCCUGAUACAAAAAACAAGAAUGGCCGCUUUGAUUGACAGAUCACUGCUUUUUGUUUUUUUAUGAUUCAAAACACCGCCCAAAACCUGAUGGUUCUGAUCUAUACUUUUGCCCCAGGUGUGUAAGUCAGAGGCUAAGACUAAGACUUUAACGAGAUUGUGGGUGUGGGUGGGUGUGUAUGCAUGGUUCUACCAAAAGAAAUGAAUAACAUGGUCCAACAUAUAUAUACAUAUAAACAUAUAUAUAGCCGCAUAUUUUCAGCUAAAGAAGCCUAUUCUUCAGCCAUAUGCAUUUUAGUUUAGCAUUUAAAUUUUAGGUGCAGUCUAACAAAGUAUGGUAACGAAGAUUGCUAACUGAGUUAAACCACCAUUUUAUUUAGUUUGCAAGAGUUAUCAAAUAAUACACAUCCACAGGCCUGUUGAAAGAUUUUGAACCACAUUAACCAUGUUCUUAUUCAUCCUUUUUCUUCAUAGUAAUCUGUCAGCUCUUGUUCAGCUGAGCCCUUCCCUCCUUUUUCCCAUGAUCCUGUUUGUGGAUUUCAGUUCCACUUUUUACGCCGUCAUCCUGGCUCUUUGGCAAGACUCUCAGCUGAGUGUGUAUGACCUGCAGGUGGACCACAGACAUCUUGUCUGACAGGAGGUAGUACGUGAAGCUGGGGAAACACAGACUCCCGGACCAUCAGCACCAGUUCCUUUUAAGGCUAUAUCGUUUCCGCUUUACUCUUCUCCCUCUACAUGCACAGCUGCACCUCCAGUCAUCAGUACAUCAAGAGUCAAGAUCUAGUGACGUGGUGUGGUAAGAACAACUUGGAACUCAAGUCUCCAAAGACGGCCCUACCUGCCCCUAUGCAUGACUUUGCACUUGACAAUGUGGAGUCCUUCUGCUUCCUGGUAUACCAAUAUUGCCCAGGACAUCAACAGAGAACUGUCACAAUCCGUGAGUCCAUCCAUCUGUCACCACCUGGUAGGCUGCUAAUACUACCAAGGACCUUCAGGACCUUAAGAAAGAUUGUGACUGAACCCUUCGACCGUGGACACAAAACUUUUUGAAACAAUCUUCUCCGGCAAAAGGCAGCAUAGCCCAUCAAGACCAAAACCACAUGCCACAAGAAUUGUUUCUUUUUGACUGUAGCUGUAGGCCUCAUCAAUAAGGACACAAUCAUGGGCACUACAUUUUACAUUAAAGUCUCUUUUGGAAGAGUAAUGCAAUUUUAUAUGAAAUCAAAUCAAGCAAAACCUCCUCGGAGUGACAUCCUGAGUGUUUAGCACUGUUGGCCAUAGCACUGUGCAUGUAGGAUGAGUGCUGCGUGUGUGCUUGUUAAUGCACUACACAGGCCCAUAUGGCAAAUGUAAUAAACAAUGGGAAGCAGUAGAAAGUGCUGAGGAUUGAGGACAAGCCUACAUCAACAGACGUGGUCAGAGAGACAUGGAGAGGAAAUAAUUAAGGGAUUAUUGGAGAUGUAACAUACAUCGACAGAAAAAAAAAAAGUCAGGCUCAAAAAACUGUCACAUCUACAAAAUAUCAGAUUUUGUUUGUGGAAAUAGUUGGAGCUUUUUUUCAUUUGUGGGUCACCAAACAACAAGAAAAUACCACAAGUUAAAGAGGACAAACAUUUCCUCUUGUGUUUAAAUUUGUGUCUGAAUGAAUUAGCCUCUGUGCAUGUCAGCGUGAUAUUUACAGAGGGUGAAACUAAGAGGAGAGGUAGAUAGAAGCAGGCAGAUGAAAAAAAUGAGUGAUGGAUGUAGAUACAUGCGGAGGGAUGAUGAAAGAGGGAUGAGAGAAGGAGGAGCGACAAUAGUAGGAGAUGUGCCUCAGAUUAUCAACCAGUGUCAGAUGCUCUAGAGACAGAUAAAGAGGAGGAGUGGACGAGAGCGUGACAGAAGGAGAGGCAGAGAGAAAGAGGACAUCUCUGUGGAUGCAAGCUGGGCUGCAAAGAUGACCGACAUGAAGAGCGUAUCAUCCCUGGAGGUGACAGAGGGGAAGUUAAUGAAAAAGGGUUCCAUCAAGAAGAAGAUUGAGUCGUUUAGGCGAUGGAGUUCAGCUAGUCUAAAGAGACCUCCAAAGCCUAAGGCCAAGAACUUGAGUCUGUCUUCCCCUGUGGGAGACCCUGAGGAUCUCUGGCUGCAAGAGGGAGACAGAAGGAAGCUGCGACCUAUUGUUGACUCAGUCUUUGGACAGGGGGAGUCGCCCAUAGAACGAAGCAGCGCCCCAUUAUCCGCCGCCAUGCUGGGGGGCCUGGGUGGCGCAGGGGAGGUGGACACGGAUGAAGAGGAGGAAGGAGGGGGCGAGCAGGAAUUCGAUGAGCCCCUGUGCGCGCUGGUUAAGAACUGCAACGUGCUGCACAACUUAGUGGGGCCUGCUUGUAUCUUCCUCAGACAGGGCUUCGCACAGAGCCAGCUUGACAGAGAUCUACGACCAGAGGAAAUGGAAGAAUUGCGUGAGGCAUUCAGGGAAUUUGACAAAGACAAGGAUGGCUUUAUCAGCUGUAAGGACCUAGGUGAAUGCAUGAGGACAAUGGGAUACAUGCCGACAGAGAUGGAACUGAUUGAACUCAGUCAGCAGAUCUGUGGUGGCAGAGUGGACUUUGAGGACUUUGUGGAACUGAUGGGUCCGAAAAUGCUUGCUGAGACUGCAGACAUGAUUGGUGUCAAGGAGCUGAGGGACGCCUUCAAAGAGUUUGACUCUGAUGGCGAUGGUCAGAUCAGCCUUGGGGAGCUGAGGGAAGCCAUGAAGAAGCUAAUGGGAGAGCAGCUCAACCACCGCGAGAUCGACGAGAUCCUUCGAGAUGUAGACCUCAAUGGAGACGGACAGGUGGACUUUGAGGAGUUCGUGCGAAUGAUGUCUCGCUGACUCUCACUCUACUGCACUAAACAUAACAUGGACCAGACUGCACACUGUUAAUGUUCGUGUAAUUCUUCUUGAUGUACAAAGACUUCUUGGUGUCUGUAUUUUUUUUUUUCAGUUACGUCCAUCAUCUCUCAAAUAUAUGAGAAUCUUGUGUCAUGUGUUACUGUUGUAUGACUCCAAUAUGUAUUUAACAUGUAAUGAGAUGAGAUGAGUAAUGACUCAGCAAAGACAUGUUUUCACCAAAGCUGUGGUUUAUUUAGAAGUAAAUUUAAAAUUUAAUAACUGAAAAACACAUACCAGCAAUAUUGAGUUUCAUAAAAAGUAUAUACACACACACAUUAACACAAUUUAAUUCAUAGUAAAUUACAUGAGUAACUUAAUGGGUCAGUUUAAAAAAAUUCAAAAUAAAGUAGUAUCUAGUAGUAAGUAGUAUCUAUCUCUUAGGGUUAUGGUUACAUACAUGGUUAAAUUAACCCUAACAUUAGUUUAGGAGUUUAAUCGCUCCAUGUCUGAGAUUUAUUUUUUCAUAAUUUUGGUGAACUGACCCUUUUAAUAUGCAAUUAAAUAGUACAUUACCUGACCUCAGCUGUUAUGACUGUGACUGUAUGAUAUUAUUGUUCAGUAGCUAGCAAAAGUGAGUGCUUUGUUAAUUAUAGAGCAAGUAAAUGAGAUUAUACAUAAAUGUUUUUGUACAUACCACAUUCAUAUACAUAUCAGUUACUUUUAGCAUUAUCUCCAGCGGUGCACUUUUAUAUAAUUAAACUGAUGCAGAAAAUUAUUGCAGAUGCUGUAAUUUUAAUUAAUGUCAAAUAUCUUUUUGAUAAAGAUUUGAUAACACUUACAUGAUGAUUCGGGAUAUUCUGUGUUGGGUUACACUUCUGUAUACAUUACUGUAUGUCCAUACCUCUGUUUUGCUGUUUAGGAGGAAAUUAAUUGACAGCUUGUCUCAAAGUACAUUAUUUUAUGAAAUCAUAUACAGUACAUGUUUAAUAUUUCAUUUGUACAGUGUUAAACAGAUCAGAUCUUUAAAAAAUAUACAUUGUAAAUAAAAUAGUGAAUAAAAAAAUAAACUAAC